AUCGCCCUUCUAUUAUUUUUCUCUCUUCUCCGGCGGGCGUUUCGAUUGAUCCUCCGCAGGGUUCGACGAGGGUUUCUAGGGUUCCUCCGCGGCGCUCAUCUCUCCGUCGUCGUCGACGGGAUCUUUGCCAUCUGCUUUCCUCUUAUUCCUCCACCCCGAUUGAGCGGAUUCCGACGGAGAUUUUAUCAUCGAUCGAGAUUUAUCAGCGAGAAAAGUCAAAAUUUCAUCCUUAUCGGGAUUCGCGUCUUUAAUCAAGGAAUCGUCCCUGCUGGGUCGUCCGUCGGAAUUUGGGAUUUUAAAGAGAGAUCUCGAGUGGUUUAUCGGAUUAAGUUGCGACACUUGAGGGGUUUCCGAUGGCCGAUUCUGACAACGAAUCCGGCGGGCACAACCACAGCCACUCCGGGGCGGGGGCCGUGGGGGAGCUUUCGUCGCCGCGGGAGCAGGACCGUUUCCUGCCCAUCGCCAACGUGAGCCGCAUCAUGAAGAAGGCGCUCCCGGCGAACGCCAAGAUCUCCAAGGACGCCAAGGAGACGGUGCAGGAGUGCGUGUCGGAGUUCAUCAGCUUCAUCACCGGCGAGGCGUCCGACAAGUGUCAGCGCGAGAAGCGCAAGACCAUCAACGGCGACGACCUCCUCUGGGCCAUGACCACCCUCGGCUUCGAGGAGUACGUGGAGCCCCUCAAGGUCUACCUGCAGCGCUUCCGCGAGAUGGAGGGCGAGAAGGGCGUCGGUCCCUCACCCUCGUCGUCGCAGCCCCAGCAGCAGGACUCCGCCUCCUCCUUGGGAACGGGGGCCAAUGUGGGCGGCUACGCUGCCGGCUCGCCGGCGAUGUACGGCGGCGGGAUGACGAUGAUGAUGGGGCAGCAGAUGUACGCCCCGCAGCCGUCCUCCUCACCGUUCCAUCGCCACCAGAUUCCCAUGUCGGGGAAGAGCAGCAUGGGGAGCGGUGGCGGCGCCAGCGACGGCGUGAAUUCGCCCUCUUCCAAACCGGGGUAUAAGUAGUAGCCAUGCUCGUAGUAGUUCUUCCUAUACGCAGUGGAUUUUUCACUUGUGAAACCAAUUGGAUGGAUUUGGUGCUGCAGUUUCUACGUGAUUGAAGGAGUGAACACAUUUUUCUGCAAGAAAUUGCUUUUGAGUUUUGCAAUAACAAUUCUCAGUUAGUUUGCAAUAAUAAUAAUUUCUGAAUAUUAUCAAA